AUGGCGAAGGGCUUGGAUGAUCUGAUCCAGUAUCUGCUCGAGGAAAUAGCCCUCAGUGGGAAUGAAGGUGUAACCAUCAACGAUGUUGCGGCAUUCACGAGUGCCUUUUAUCAAGAACCCGACAGCAAUCAUGCUGCCGAAGCGGCGGCCCCGAACUUGUCUUUAUCUCAAAGUGUCGCUGUAGAUGAGCGCUUCCUCAGCAAGAUCUGGACUUGGUUUGGACGCCAUCCUGAUGUCUCUAUCGGUGACAAUGGAGAAUACAAUGAAAUUCCGCUCUCCGAAAUCGAGCGCAAGUUUCCAGGCUAUCUACAUAUCAAUGGAGAACCUGCACAGCCGGAGGGCGGUGAUCAAGACAAGGAUGCUGCUCAACCAACUCCAGCAGCUGACGAACCUCAUCACACCAUUAGGUCUUCUACCGUGAGUGAUGGUCCUCGUAUACGUGUCAAUGAUGAGCGUCGUUCCCUGGCAAUCUGCGGUCACCCUCUCGACACCAGCAAAGUCUCUUCCCUGGAAUUCGAUCUGCUAUCUCAUAUAGCUGCAGCACGGUCGAAUGGCAUCCUUCAAGGGGAUCUGCGACAGGCAACUGGGCAAGAUAAGCGCUCGGUACCCAAGAGGACCGACACAUUGCAGAAGAAGGGAUACAUCAUUAAGACUACCGUUUAUCGAAAAGGUAUCAAGACAAGUCGGCUCUUCUUGAAGAAGUUUGCUCCUACCGUUAGCCAUGAUGCCACCCAGACUUCCCAUGGGUCGAGUGUGCGGGAUGUAGUGAGAAGAAUUUUCGACGUGCUCUCCAAGGAGAAGCUCGUGCCGCAGUCCAAACUCGCGGAAGUACUGAGCUUGAAAACUUCCGCAGAAUCUGCUAUUCUGGUUGGAAUUCUGCAUCAACUUGAGCGCCUGAAAUGCGUCAAACGGAUAAGGUCUGCGGUUGGGCCCUCUGCCACGGUCAGCGACCUACAGCAUUUCGUUCAGCUUCUACGUCCUGCCGGACUUGAUGAACUCGAGAAUUUUGAUACGGAAAACCUGAAGCUUGACCAAUCCUUGGAUGAUCUGUCCUCUCUCGCCGAUUUGGCCGAUGAUAUUGACCCUGUCAUCGAUGUUUCAGCUACAGACGAUCGAGCAGAAGGAAAUGGAAUAUCUCGACAUGUUGCCAGAUGGAACCCAGAUCGUCUCAUAUCUAAUAUUGUAGUGGAUGCUGUUCGACAUAGGGGAGAAGCAGGCAUGACGAAUUUGGAUGCGAGGCUGCUCAUAACUGGCGUUUUCGUCCGAAGGACCCUGGAAUCAUUGCUCCAUAGGAUCUCGACGCGGUCAUUGGUGGUUCAGCCACCACACUUGCGACACCUGGCAGUUGUCCGUAUUUCCAUAAUCGUUGAUGGAGUCGCUCAAUACGUGCACUACUCCUGGGACGCGUUUCGGCAACUGGCUGAAAGGCACGAAGUUGAUAUCACCCUGAUACCCGGUGCUAAAGAAGCACUUCAGACCACCUGUGACAGCACGCCUGAUCCGACCACCACUGUCCCUCCUGUCCAAUCAUCGAGCAAGGUUGAUCAAUUCGGGUUUCCCCUCCGCGGCCCUCUUCCACUUCAGUACCGAAAUGGAGAGGCUAGUCUCGAGGAUCUCAUCCGGACAGUUGGCGCAGCUGACCUUCUUCCCCGACCAGGAGAACUAACUGUGGUUGAAAAGAAUGGAGUAUGCAUCUUACAGCCCAUCGCUGAACUCAAGCAACUCCAGGUUGCGGACCCCGGGUCUAGUACAGGCUCACCUCGUCAGCGACAAGCUGGGGCCCCACGAGGCAGAAAAGGUCGUGCUCGUCAACAGUCAGAGACUGAAAUAACCCUCGGUCGUCCUCGCAAAUACCCAAAAGGGACGGAAAAGUUUUGGAGACUGCAAUUUCAGCAAGCUAGACUGGAAGCCGGAGGUAAGUCCUCAGUUUCGAAGAGAGGAGUAAUGCAAGAUCCGGCAGGACUGGCUCUAUAUGCGAAUCGCCCCGCUGGAUUUGACGAGACCCUCGUUGCUGCUAUUGAGGCUGGCUUACCGGUCCCUGCUGCGCCCCAAGACAUCAAUGAUGCAUGGGUUGCUUUUACCAAGAACGUUCUUGGGCGUCAGUCCGAUGGUGUGUACAUCUCGCCUGGAGGGAUGCGAGCCGAAUAUGCGAAGCGCAAGUCAAUGAUUAUGAUAAUCAAAACCCCACGACUGCGGGAGGUUGAUGUUCAUGACCGAAGCGAACUACAACCGUUCCGGCUGAUUUCCUCCAUGGUAGCUCACAGUUUCCCUUACAUAAGAUACCACCCGGAUGUGGAUGUAAAGCUGGCACCGACCCGAAAAUCAGCCAGAAGGGCGCGAGGCCAAAGACUACCUCCUGAAUUAGAAGAGGAGAACGGCCCUUGUCCACCCGCUGGUGUUUUUGUGGAGGACCGUCUUCCUCAGCCAUCAGACACGCGCCUGGAUCAAAUUCCACAGAAACCGUACGUUCUGAUCGAUGGUUCCUUGAAAAUGACCGACGAGGAAACGAGCGUGGCCCAUGAGUCGGCUCUGAAUACAAGAUCUGUCGCAAAGGCAUCUGGAGGCUCUGCCGCUUCAGAAGCCAGCGAGCGGAGCAGCCCGGCACCCCGUCAGGAGGCGCCUGGGCCGCCAUCGGAAGCUUCGUCUAUCGUCGAAGAGCAGACAUCGGCUUCCGUCGAACCACUGAUUCUGGAUGCGGCAGAGACGCCAGUUAGCGGUAUCGACUUGUGUCAGGACGUUGCACUGAGAAACCCGCCGGAAAUGGGACAAGAUCAGCACGACCAGAACCAACGUGAAUUUCGCAUCAAAUCUGAUACUCCUGCACCUGUCAGCAGUAUGCAAAAUCAAGAGGCCCAUCGUGCCACAUUGCCGCCCGAAGCCUUGGAGUCGCGACCUCUUGCAUCGCCGCAGCUCGUUGACAACAUCCCGGCUUCAGAACCUGCUCCAGUCGAGGUUGAGAUAGGCGGGCUCAAUACCGCACUGCCAGCUGCCCAGGCAAUCCCAUCUAUCGAGGUCUAUGUUUCAGAGCAAGAAAUGCCGGUUCCAGAUCACAAUGCGAGGGACAUACCCGGGUAUGCCACUGACCAUACCACCGGGCAAUCAGAUUUAAUUAGCAAAUCUGCAAACGAGUUUCCUGCGGCGGAAAAUACAAAUGAAGCGGAAUUGCCUGCUCUCCCGAUGGUCGAAGGGAAUGCCGCGUCGGCUUCAAUAGGCAUCCCUCAAAAGCCUGGCAAAAAGCGCAUGUCACGCGCGAAAAGUCGGCCUGGUCCGCAAGUCCCCUCAUCGCAGGAACCAAAAACAGUCCAACUGCCAGGGAAAGGUCGAGUCCGGGAUGCAAAGGAUUUAUGCAAGAAGAUUAUCUUGGAACUGAUUUCCCAGACUUCCGGAGUCGUUCCAAAUGACGCGUCCACGCUGAAGCGUGUCUCGGUGCCUCGCUGGCAAGAAGCUGGAGAGGAGGGCAUACCUCUGCUUAAAACCAUCAAAGCUGCAGUCAAGUCUUUGUGCGAGAGAGGAACAAUAAAGCAAGUUACCUUUACAUUUCGCGGAAAAAGCGGCAUCAUGGUAAAACGGACCGUGCUGUUUCUUCCUCAUAUCAGCCCUCAUUCUGACCUGGUUGAGGAAGCCAAGCAAAAGAUCAUUGAGGCAGAACCAGCCGAUUACGUGCCACCAGAGUGGGAGGCUGAAGGAGCCCGCAUCCCUUUGGUGGAGAAGAAGACCAAACCCAUGGUGUACAAGUCCGACAGUACUCCUCCAACCGGAAGAGAAAGGGCUUCCUCACCAGGAUCGGAUACAACGAUCGACGCUCAAGCAGCAAGAGACACUAGAAGUGUCACUAGGGGCAGUACGAGGCAGCCGAGCCCUUCUCCGCCUCCGCGAGUGUCGGCUGCAACGGGGUUUUUAACUCUCAAAGUGCCUUCUUUAGGCAAACUUGCAGUGGUACAAUCCCACAACCAGAAGAUGACAGCUUCCAUGAGUACUCUGUCCUUUGAUAAUGCCACCUCUGUGGCAGGCCAAUCAACACCCGUGCGUGGUACCGCUUCCAGACGCGGACAAGGUAGAGGACGAGGACGGGGCGGCCGCAAACCAACAGCCCGCUCUGGAGGACGCUCGGUUGUAUGGGUCAGCGAUCAUCCUCGGGACUUUCCCUCAUGUUUAGACGAUAUACUUGGACUGUCAUAUCUCAAAAUCAACUCCAGAGAUCUCGACUCCGCAGAUUCUGAGUGGCGACGAUUUGCAUGGGAAGUAGAGGCUGUGCGUGCUUGGGAGGUGCAGGAAGAGUCGUCUCAAGCGGAACGCACGCGGUACGCCUUUAUCAAUCACUUGGUGCCGCCAGCACUUUACUCCUCCUCGAGUUACCCUCCCACGAUUGAGUUUGCCCCUUUAACCUCGACCGCUGAACAUGGUCACGAGAUUGAGCUAGCUUACCCACCAACCGAGUCGUGGCCGGUGUUUGUGUCAGCGCUUCAUGAGUCGCCCGAAGUCGCCUCACAAAUCACACGAAAGGAGCCUGGGGAACGAACAACUCCAGCGCCACCGCCUCCGAAAACAGCCAAACCUCGUCGUUGCACUCGGCCGUCCAAGCGCAAGUUACUAGGAGACAAUGACGAUGCUGAAGACGGCACUUUCGCUCCUCAAGCAAAACGACCCAGAGGGGCUGGCAAGGGAUCCGGCGCGAAGAGCCGUUCUCGACAGAUGAUUGCUCUUGGGAAGCAGAGUGACACACCGACCAAAUUGUCCCGAGGGCCUCAGUAUCUUCGAGCGUUACCAGAGGAAGUCAUUCAUCGUAUCAGAAUAUCCGUGAUUGUUGUUCGUACUCUAGCAGGAGGUGUUGAGUGCUACAUUGAUUGGCCCUUAGUGAUGACGCUCUUUCCUGGUCAGGAAGAAGACUUCAUCAAGCGUUGCUGGCGCACACUGUCGACAAGAGAGCGCAGCGAUAUCCGCGCUCUUACGGAAAGCCUACAAUGGAAAUACUUGAGCGCGCUGGAAGCCGGUGAGGUGCCAUCGAUCAAUUUCGAGGACCUCAAGGCCACAGACUGGCAUGGUAUUGUCGGUUGGGCAAUGAAGAAUCUCGACAAGUUCAAUAUUAAGCAAACUGCUGAUGAUCUCCCGGAUAGCCGUGACAGGCUGUUGGACUCUCACAAAUUGGAUUUCAGCCAACGGAAACGCUCUUGGCAUAUUCUCAGCACCCCCUCAUGGGUCAGCAACCCCUUCAAGGAAAGCAUUGUCAGUUCCGUUGUCUUUGGCGCAGAUGCUCAAGCGAUGACGUCUACACCUAGCCUUGAAGUUGCGUCCUCACGGUAUGAACUGGAAAGUCCAGAUCCAGAACUCCGUGUGGCAAGAUCAUGGGUUUACUCCACGGUGCUUACGCCGGAGGAAACGUUCUCCCCGCUGCAAGCCCAUGCAAAACUGUCUACUCUGGCGCCCACUCCGGCGGAGAAUGAAGCUCUUCUGACUCGUGGACUUAAAGUGCUUCAGGAUGCCAAACUCUUGCAACGUGCGAACCGGGGCAUGCACCAGGGGAUGACCAUGCGCUGUUGGGACGGAAGGCGGAAGCUUUGGGAGCGGUUCGAAGAACGGCGAAUGAUGAACCGAACCAUUCUUCGGCGCGCAGUUACGUACAAGUUGCACGUCAUGGACCAGGCUUUUGCGGCGGGCGGAAGUGUGGUUUUGGAAAAGGAAGCCAUCGUGGACGACGGCGAAAUGGUGGCGAUUCUGAACCUCAUGGCCAGUGGUCAGAUCCGAACCCGGGCUGGCGCUGAUGUGCCGAAUACACGAUACGGAUUGGACCACGAGCGGAUCGGGUACAGGACCAAAAACAUGGACAAGGGCCUUCUCUAUUUCAGUGUCGAAUUUGUUUCCACUGACGCAUAUGUCUACGGCCUUCCGAGUGGAGUGCAUCGAUCAAUAAUCCCAAUCCCACGUGGUGAAGCGGAUCAGCCAAGAGGCCAUAUCCCACCUUGGAUUGAUAUCCAUGGGAACAUACAAGAUGAGCUGUGGGAGAUGUUCCUUGUCGGUGUGAUUGGACUCGUGAUGCAAAUGCCUGGCAUCACCGCGGCGGAGCUUUCAAGGGCUCUGGGGUAUGCCCUGGACCAGGGCGAGAUCGAACUCAUUCUCAAUUGGUGUAUUCAAGGCGGCUUUGCCAAGAUGGAGAUGAAUUCAAAGGGCUACGAGACAACAGAGGACUGGUGGUGGUGUCUGUAUGCGUCCCCUACGUCGGGCGAUGAGAACAACAUGUGA